CAUGUUUUGCAAAACUCCCCUCUCAGUGCGUGUUUAGUUACUUUUCCUGAAGGUCGAUUCCUUAUCUCAGCGCUUAUUUGAAGUGUAUAAAUCCAAGUAGGUACUUAUUAAAUAUUCUAGACUUAAGAAAGUAACUUAAAAUGGUGUGUCAACUUCUAUAGCACGACCUUUACUCCAUCGUAAAACGUCACGUUUUGAUGGCAAGUAGAAUUGAAGGUAAUUAAAAACCGCCCAGAUUAGAUAAGAAUCUCGGAGCAAAAUAUCAAUAUUGUAAUCAUAAAGAAAUUAUCGAUAAACCAGCUCCGACGACGACGUUAAGGCUGCUUGCUGCUUAUCGCAUUCCUCAUCAUCUCGAACACCGGAGCUUUGCAGCAGUCUUACGUGAUUUGAGAAGGGUGAUUUUGAAGUGAAGCCGACGACGACGACGACUUUGAGAAACCUUUUUUCGCAAUGACAACCUCUAAAAAGUUUGGAGAUCUAGUGGGUUCAAUCGACGAGGGUACCAGUUCGGCUCGGUUCAUUCUGUUUCGUGCCGAGACGACCGAAAUCGUGUGCUUCCAUCAGAAGGAACUGCGUCAAAUCUAUCCCCAGGAGGGAUGGGUCGAGCAGGACCCACUGGAGAUAAUGUCCGUCGUCGAGGAGUGUAUCGAACGAACGAUGGAAAAGCUUGUGGCCCUCGGUGGAAGCGUCGCGGACGUUAUGGCCAUUGGUGUAACCAAUCAGCGCGAGACCACCAUAGUGUGGGACAAAACGACCGGUGAACCACUGUAUAAUGCCAUCGUGUGGUUGGAUAUGCGAACCACUUCCACGGUUGAUCAACUUCUCGAAACGGUGCCAAAUAAGACUAGGAACAAGAACUACCUGAAACCGCUAUGCGGUUUGCCUCUGUCGCCAUAUUUUUCGGCGGUCAAGCUUCGCUGGCUGAUUGAUAAUGUUCCGAAGGUUAAAAGUGCCAUCAAAAACAACAACUGCCUGUUCGGAACCGUAGACUCUUGGUUGAUUUGGAAUCUUACCGGUGGUGUCAACGGAGGUGUCCAUGUGACUGAUGUCACCAAUGCCUCCCGAACGAUGCUGAUGAACAUCGAAACCCUACGCUACGAUAAGACGCUGGGAAAGUUCUUCGACAUUCCGUUCGAAAUCCUGCCGGAAAUUCGCUCCAGUUCGGAGGUUUAUGGUCUGAUUAAGUUGCGCUCUCUGGAGAAUGUGCCCCUGAGUGGUUGCCUGGGGGAUCAACAGGCUGCCUUGGUUGGUCAGGAGUGCCUGAGUCGGGGGAAAGCAAAGGCUACUUAUGGGACGGGUUGCUUUUUGUUGUACAACACGGGCAACGCGUUGAUCGAAUCUACGCAUGGAUUGAUAACAACGGUGGGUUAUCAAAUGGGCCCGGAAGCUCAACCGACAUAUGCUCUGGAAGGUUCCGUUGCCGUUGCGGGAGCUGCCCUCGGUUGGUUGCGGGACAAUAUGAAUCUUCUUGAAAGCGCCAAGGAAUCGGAAGAGCUGGCACUCUCGGUGGAGAACAAUGGAGAUGUUUAUUUCGUGCCAGCUUUCAGUGGAUUGUAUGCUCCAUACUGGAACCAAGAAGCCCGGGGAGUAAUUUGUGGAAUCACUGAAGAUACCCAGCGUGGUCAUAUUAUACGUGCUAGUUUGGAAGCCGUUUGUUUCCAGGUACGGGAUAUUCUGGACGCAAUGAACAAGGAUUGUGGAUUUCCACUGGUUAAGUUGAAGGUAGACGGAGGAAUGACAGUCAACUCACUUCUAAUGCAGUGGCAGUCGGAUUUGAUAGGGUUGGAAGUUCAGCGACCGGUUGUGGUUGAAACAACUGCUGUUGGAGCAGCCAUGGCCGCAGGUCGUGCAGUCGGCUGCUGGGACGUGGACAAUGUGAGCGUUGAAAGCAACAGUACUUCCUUCAAACCACAGAUUACCGAAGAUGAACGAGACAUGCGAUACAGCAAAUGGAAAAUGGCUGUAGAGCGAUCAUUCGGAUGGGAAAGCAGUACGAUUGCUUGAAAACCGCUAUCUGUGUACAUUAACGUUAUUGAGUACAAAUUGGUUAUGGACGUGAUAUGUGUUACGGAUUGCUAACACGUCGAGGGACUUAUUAUAAUCAAUUUCUUUUAUUUUGACUUUUAACGCUUUGCGAUGUUCAAGCUCUUAAUCAUAGUUAUAAAAAACGCAGAGGAUAAAUAAAGAGGAUGUUUUUGUU